CUCACCGCUCGAGCGCUCGCAAGAUGGCGGCGGCGGCGGCUGCGACCGCGGCUGUUCGGGGUCGGCGCUUCAAGUGGUCUUUGGAGCUGGCAGCGGCGCCGGGGGCGCGGCCCCGCGGAGCCGCCGAGGGCCGUGGGCCGCUGGGGUUCGCCGAGCGGCAGCUGGGGGAGGGCGGCGUCCAUGAGAGCGACAAAAUCCUGAUGGAAAAGCGCUGCUGGGACGUGGCACUGGCGCCGCUGAAGCAGAUUCCCAUGAACCUGUUCAUCAUGUACAUGGCCGGCAACACGAUCUCCAUCUUCCCUGCCAUGAUGGUCUGCAUGAUGGGCUGGCGUCCACUGCAGGCCCUCAUGUCACUCUCUGCCACACUGAAGGCGCUGGAGAGCUCAAGCCGGCGGGCUCUGCAGGGGCUGGUGUUCCUGGUGGGCAACGGGCUGGGGCUGGCGUUGGCCCUCUAUAAGUGCCAGGCCAUGGGUCUGCUGCCCACCCGCCCCUCUGACUGGCUGGCCUUCGUCACCCCCCCCACAGGUGUGUCCAGACACUGGGGUCCCCCUGCCCUGCCCCCCCAGAUGCUGGGGUUCCCCCCAGCCAAGGUCCCCUCAGCAGGGUCCCCUCACUUUCUCUCUCUUCUCUUGGCAGCGGAUGGAGUUCACUGGGGGGGGGCUGAUCCUGUGACCCAGUGCACCCACCAAUAAAGGCGAUGGCAGGCUGGUGAUGGUA